UUAGGGGGUAUCUAUAAGAGUCCGUCGCCCAUCCACAAGAAACCCUGGCGCUCAAGCCUCUUUUCCUUUUCUAUUUCUUCUCUUCCGUAUGUUUUUAGUGGGCAUGAUGAUGAGAGAGUCGAAAAAUAAUGAAAUUAUAGCUUUUGAGUAAUAUCAAUACAGGCGAUUGACCAAAGCUAAGUAUGAAAACUCCCUUGGGAUAUUGGCUAUCUGUGCAAGACGCUGUUUUCACCUUUUAACAAAAGUGGACUGAUUGCGAUGAGCCAUUCUACACAAACAAACGAAGUUAAUAACUGUGCAUUCCGGAGCUUUUACUGGCUUGUUUAUUCCAGAUUUAUCGAAUGUUUGUUUCUUGUUGAUCCGAUAGAUUAAUCUAACAGUAUUUGUCAACAAGAGAAUGUACAAUGUCAGACCUCUUUGAAAUCUGAUGAUAUUCGCCCAGUGUGUGUUGUCACCGUGCUAAUUAAACAAAACGGCACCUUUUCUAAUCGAUACCCAAUAUGGCCAAGCCACCGGGCUCACUAAAGAGGGGAGCGCUGAGGAGUCAACAACACUAUUACAGCACCCUUUGUGUUCAGUGUUCACACCGUGUGGCUGACCACUGGGGUUCAUCCGAGGUGAAACUGUGACGUAACGAACUUUAUCUGCCAUAUAUGUACUCUGACACUGGCUCUGGUAGACCAUUUGUUGUUCUGAUAUUCCUCUGUAGUGUUAAUACAGGAUUUUUCUAUACUUCACAUGUAAUCAAAUUACGAAGACAUUUGUUGACAUCGACGGCAUAGUAUGGAGGAGACUAUCUAUCAUUACUUCCUGAACCAAGCUCUCAAGAGGACGGGUCUUUUUUAAACAAUAGUGGAAAUCGAUGUCGGGCUUCAAUCAUUAAAUAAUUUGCUAGUGCAUCAGGAGUACCAAAAUAUCAACCUGCAGAACAACAAUUGCAGAGCAAACUUUUUUGUUGUACAGCUACUUCAUACUAAAGAAGGAAAAAAAUCAGCGCAUGAGACUGAGAGAACGAGCUAAAUUGACAAGUCUUGUACUUUACGUCUGACAUUUAUUGAAUUCGAAGGUCUUCAGACACUGUUCCAAACAUCUUUAACGCCAAAUCUGGAUUUUAUACAGAUCAAAGUUCCACGACAGAGUAUUGAUCAGCAUCUGUGAGCCCAGAUAACAUUAAUCGUUGGACCUUUCAAAGGUGUCGGAAAUUUUCUGGAAUAAUUCUAUUACAGGAGCGGUCCCGUAUGUAGGUCUCAACGCCUUAGAAUCGGUGUGACCCCAUAAAAUGUCAAAUGCAUCGCUAUCUGGUGAAAUGGAGACCAUUUCUGAUGGCGCCUCAGUCACGGAAUUAAUGAUUCUUGAAAUGAACAACUCGGGGAAGAACAUUUUACUUCCUUGUGGAUCCAACACAACAAAAUGGACACUGACCAGCCCAGUUUGCUCGCUCAAUUUCCAUUCAUUUCUAUCCUUUGUGUUUGUGGCGAUUCUUCUGUCGUUAAUUACUAUUUGGACAAUAUUUGGAAACGCUCUAGUAUGGGUUGCUCUGUACCGAUUUCCAAAAUUGAGAUCCAUGUCCAACUGUUUGAUCGGGAAUCUGGCAAUGAGCGACUUGUUGUUAGCUUUGACAGUUUUGCCUAUUUCCCUCGGCAAUGACCUCCUCGGGCACUGGGUAUUUGGAGAAGUGAUGUGCCCAAUAUGGCUGUGCAUAGACGUGUUAUACUGCACAGCUUCUAUCUGGGGACUGGUGACAAUUGCUGUCGACCGUUACACGGCAACUGUUUACCCAGUGUGGUACUUUGAGAGACGGUCACCACUCAGAGCACUUAUCUACAUCAUCAUGGUAUGGUUCUUCUCCAUAAUCGUGUCUAUUGCUCCCUUCAUUGGCUGGAGGGAGAUGAUUCCAAACCUUUACAAGUUCAAUAUCGAAACGAAAAGAUUUGAGUGCGUUUUGUUUGAAACGGAGGGAUAUGUUGUGUACUCGGCAAUGGGGUCUUUUGUUAUACCCGCAGUCUUGAUGCUAUUUUUGUACUUCAGAAUUUUCAUCAUUCUUCGCAAACGAAUGAAGACUAUGCAACUUAAAAAGGAGAAAUUCAAACUGAACAUAGACCAGGACUUUGACAGCUGCCCACUACAGGACGAAAACAGUCAAAUUGACCAGAGCACUACACCAGUUACUCAAGUGAAAAUGUCUGAUAAAGCUACACAAAUCAGCCCUGUAUCAAAGAAACAGUGCACAACGUCGUACAAUGUACAGCGUAGCCUGUCAGAAACAAACGUCCAUGGUGAGAAUUCUCAGAAAAUUACAAAAGACGGAAACAAUUCUAUUUUGCCGGAUGUCAUAUGUAAAAGUCAGAAAGAGGAAGGGACAGAGGAAGAAAAACAACCAUGCUUAUAUGAUGUUAAUGUGAACAAAAGUAUCCUUAGCUCUGCUGAUGAUCAAAAACAAGAAAAUCGACCAGAUGAAAAGGGACCGACAAGAUUCAUUAGAACUGACCAGGACAAUACCAAAAGGGCAUCUAAGAAAAGGGUCUCUCUAUUGUACAAAAAAAGAAAUUCCAAAUCUAAACACAUUCAAGGAAUAAAGACGAAAUACGAAUUACGAGAACAGCGAGCAACGAAGCGCAUGGCCAUUGUGAUGGGUUGCUUCCUGUUCUGUUGGUUUCCAUUCCUGUUUAUGUAUCUCAUCCGGAGUUUUUGUGUGUCGUGUUAUUUAAACGUACACAUCCAAGCGUCCAUAAUCUGGCUGGGAUACGUCAACUCCAGCAUAAACCCUAUACUUUAUACACUGUUUAACGACGACUUCAGGAAGGCGUUUAAAAUCAUCCUUGGCUUGGAAUCAAGACAUCCCCAAAGAAACAAAUUAUAAACGAUUAAGUUUCUGACAAUUGUUUACGUGUCUCUCGCCGUUUUUUUUUUUCAUUUGGUUCUCAAAGAAUCGAAACAGAUUACAAGUGCUCAACAGAGACAAAACACUACUUUAAUAAACAACACUGUUUUGUAGCGUUCGUGUCCAGAAGUGCAUUUUUAUAUCAAAAGAGAUGACAUUUAUGUCCAAUGUUAUGUGAUGCUGUGAAAAUGAACCAGUUUUACGAAUCGGCUUCCUGUAAGAUGGAUAUUGUAGUUUGAAAGACGUUCCAAUUCAUGUGAAGAGAUACAAUAAGUGAUGAUGUGAAUUCUUUCUCGUUGCUUUUGAGCGUUUCUACAAAUGUGAGGAUGAAAGAUUUCGAGAACGAUACUGCAAAUAUAAUUUUGUGUUGAAAACCCUUCAAUGCGAGAUCAUCUGUUAUAUGUAUGAUUAUCGUCGGGAAAAAAAUUCCAAAUUAAAAUUUGUUUUGUGAUACACGUUCGUGGUUUAUCGUUUAGAAGAUAAAUUUAUAAUCAAUAUACAAGAACUUGAUAAUUAACUUAUGGUUUCCCAUGUUUAUGUAUGUUUACUUAAGUUUCUAAUUCAUAAAAACCACGCAAAACACAUGAAGAGAAAAUCCUUCUAAAAGAUUAAUUGGUUGUCUUGAAAAAAGACAUCUCUCGCCUCCAAUUAUUCUAGAUUUAUGUAAUAAGCUAGAAUUCUAAACAUCCGUCUAUAUUUUACUAUAGCAGGUAAUGAUCUGAGCGUAGAAACGUGUACGUUUGCUAUGGUAAAUUAUGAACAAACAAUAGGUGAGUGGCACUUUCUUUAAGUGUAAUCUUGAAAUCCCGCAUACCAAAAAUAAUUGUUUAUUUUUGUUUACUGUGGAGAUAAUAAAACAAACUUAAGAAUUAUUUUGACACUUCGAGGAUUCUCACACUCAACUUAGUACAGUUACAUGUAUAUGCACAUAAUAAAUCGAGCGACGGGGUCUUGUUCCAUUUUAUCUCAAAAGUACGAAGGACCCUAUCGACUCAUUAGGUACAUGCCAUAUCUCAUUACAGAAGUCAAACAGGAGCAUUGCAUGUCUUUUUAUUUUUUGGAUUCCGAGGGUUAACGAAAGAAACUGCAUUCAAUUACUGUCCGGUAAUAGGGUAGUUAUCUUUUGUGAAUGCAAAUGUAUACAUUUCCAUUUUUUUUCUUUGUUCAUUUAAUUCAGCCUCCCGUGUGUAUUUUCGACGUUUACCUGGAGGGACAUGAUAAUCCUAUAGUCGUCAGAUACAGUCAUGCUGAGGCAAGUAAUUCACUUGCCGUCUUCCAUUUACACUUUAACAAGACGUUCCUUUGGGUCAGAAUCACAAUCAAUCGUACAAAGCAACACUAGACUAUCCUGCGCAAAGUGAAAGUAUAAAAACAUGCAAAUGUGUUUCAGCAAAGGCUGCAAUUGACUAGUCUUGAAUAUUUUUAAACAUUUUGCUACAAAAGGUUUUAAUUUUCUUCGCCUUUAUAGCCUCGGAGAAAGUAAACCACUUUAAAUGAUAACAAACUAAACGUAUUUAGCAUACAUGUAUGUACAAACGACUAGAAUAAACAGAAACAACUUGUAAUUGAAAUUUCAUUUUGUUUGUGUGUUCAUGUAAGUAAGAAGCUUUCAAUAUGUCAAGUAAGUUUUUUGCGAAUAUUCACGAUCUUAUACUAGUCAAUAGAUCGUUAUUGGAAGGUUAUCAUGACAUACGGUCUUAUACAACUUUUCUAAUAAAUAAAUCUUUAUUUCAAAGGCAAUAUGAAUAUUAUAAUUUAAUUCUACAUACUAGUAUUCACUGUACCAUGUUUACAGACUUGAUAUAUACAACACUAAAUAAACUGAAUUAUAUAUAAACAGGUUUU